GGGCCAUAAAAGCUGCGGCCGCGCGGGAACGCCAGCUCGCCCACCGCCCGCCGGAGCAGCGGCCGCGCCAUGCACGUGAACGGCAAAGUGGCGCUGGUGACCGGCGCGGCGCAGGGCAUAGGCAGAGCCUUUGCAGAGGCGCUGCUGCACAAGGGCGCCAAGGUAGCGCUUGUGGAUUGGAAUCUGGAAGCAGGUGUAAAGUGUAAAGCCGCCCUGGAUGAGCAGUUUGAACCUCACAAGACUCUCUUCAUCCAGUGUGAUGUGGCUGACCAGACACAACUAAGAGAUACUUUUAGAAAAGUUGUAGACCACUUUGGAAGAUUGGACAUUUUGGUCAAUAAUGCUGGAGUGAAUAAUGAAAAACACUGGGAGAAAACUCUGCAAAUUAAUUUGGUUUCUGUUAUCAGUGGAACCUACCUUGGUUUGGAUUACAUGAGUAAGCAAAAUGGAGGCGAAGGUGGCAUCAUUAUCAACAUGUCCUCUUUAGCAGGACUCAUGCCUGUUGCACAACAGCCUGUUUAUUGUGCUUCAAAACAUGGCAUAAUUGGAUUCACACGCUCAGCAGCGAUGGCUGCUAAUCUUAUGAACAGUGGUGUGAGACUGAAUGCUAUUUGCCCAGGCUUUGUUAACACACCUAUCCUUGAAUCCAUUGAAAAAGAAGAAAACAUGGGACAAUAUAUAGAAUAUAAGGAUCAUAUCAAAGAUAUGAUGAAAUACUAUGGAAUUUUGGACCCAUCAAUGAUUGCCAAUGGAUUAAUAACACUCAUUGAAGAUGAUGCUUUAAAUGGAGCUAUUAUGAAGAUCACAACUUCUAAGGGAAUUCAUUUUCAAGACUAUGAUACGAUUCCACUUCAUGCAAAAACUCAAUGAACAUCUUACAUAUCAGCCACAACUGAAAACAAGCACAAACGACGUAACAUUCAGACCGUAUCUUUAUUUAAAGAUAGCUUUUUAAAUGAAAUGUUAUAGUUUGAAGCUUUCCUUCAUGAAUUUGAUGUUAAUUUUUUUCUAAAUGAUUAGUUAAGUAUAUGGAUAAAAUAUUAUAAACUAUCAAAAAUAUGAUGCAGAUUAUCUUUAUAGUCUAAGUGAUGAUUAAAACAAAAGAUAUUCAAGGGAUAUUCUGCCUUUCAGAAAAUGUAUUUAAAUCUGUCGCUCAUAAAUAUUAAUGUUUGUCGGAACAUUAUUUUAAAAGAGAUACUUAAAUUGUUAUUUAAAUCAAACCAGAUGCAAAAAGCUCACUUUGUUUUUAUGUUCCCACUUUAGAGAGGGAAGCUACUUAAUAAUGGCAAAUGUUUAAUAAUUUUUGCUUAUAUAUACCAUCUUUCAUCUGAACAUUUCAGCUUUUUAAAAAUGUGGCAUAUAUUUAGGAUCCAGUAAUUAAGGAAUAAAUCACAGUGUGAAUAUAUCGCAAAUGAAGAAUCUGAUGUAUUGAAAAAUGACAGAAAGUGACUGAGACUGAUGAAUCACGGGUUAGCCUCCCAUCUGGGAAAAACAUUUUUUUCCUCUUUGCUUACUUUAAGAAUUUUAAUUGACUCCAAAAAUCUCAGGGAUGAAACUUUUAACAAUUAUAGCAAAAAAGGAUAGUUAGUGCUCCUGAAAUUUUAUAUUUAAAACACACUCAUUAGGGGAAAAAAUGCAAAUAUAAUGGGAUUUUUUAGAUUACUUCUUUGAUUUGUACCAAUUUCAAAAGUACCAAAAGUCUUUUAUUCUAAUCUCCAUAAGUUACUUAGUCUUCUACGUAUAGCUAUUAAGGAGAAGAAAGCAAUCUUGCCACAUAUACAAUUUGUCAUAUACAAAGAAAAAAGGUUUAUGUACAUGUGUGGAAAUUCAUAGCAACACAGAGGUAAAAAUAGCUGUAAUGGUUUGCCUUUUUUGCUGUCGGAU